AUGCCACCGACGUCUCAUCACUUCUUUCAUUUUACUCCAGUCAUGAUGAAGAAUAUAAAGGAAGCGGCAACUUGUGGUGGGUUUGAUAAGGAUGGGGUCAACGAAUUUUCUUAUGUGAGCACCAUCGACGCUAUUACAGCGUUGUUCACUGUGCUAAUCUCGCGAGCUCGCGGUCAUGGAGAAGAUGUACGGGUUAUGAAUGCUAUGAACGCUCGGCGACGUCUAGGACUGCCUGCGAAUUACGCAGGAAAUGUCGUCUGCAGCGCAAUGGCGACGUACAAUGCCAGUGAAUUGCAGUCUGGUGAUGAAAUAAUGACUGCAGUUUCCCCAUCAAACGCUAGGAAAGCUGGCUCGACGCCUGCAACAAUCGAUUGUACAGAGUGA